AUGGCCUUCCCUCGCCCAACCCGCGCCUUCAGAUCUCCUCUCACCGCGGAAAAUCUUACCAAGACGACCGCCAUCGUUGCUUCUGAGCCCGGCGAAGAUCACAAACCCGCCGCCAACUGGUCUCUUCAGGAAGUCUAUAUUCCGACGGAGUUGAACGAUGGAGAAGUGCUGGUAGAAAUGGUCGCCACUGGAAUCUGUCAUACCGACAUCUCGUUGACAGGACCUGGGAUGGCGCAGGGGUUUCCGAUUGUGCCAGGGCAUGAAGGCUCAGGCUACAUCCGUGCCCUCGGCCCAUCCAUUACCAAAUCCUCCCUCCAAGUCGGCGACCCCAUCCUCCUCUCCUUCGACCACUGCACCGCCUGCCCAUCCUGUACCUCUUCUUCACCGGCCUACUGCGACACCUUCGCUCCCUUAAAUCUCUUCGGCGAGUCCUCCGUCUUCCACUCGUCCUCCUCUCCCUCGGAGUCCAAUGCUAUCGGAGGCAAGUUCUUCGGCCACUCUUCCUUCAGCAAGCUCUCAAUCGUCAAGGAGACGAGUAUCCUCAGCGCAAAGGGUUUGGUGAAGGAUGUGGAGGAACUGAGAUUGUUCGCGCCACUCGGAUGUGGGAUUCAGACGGGUGCGGGUGCGAUUUUGAAUCUGGUGAAGCCGGGAAAGGAGGAUGUCGUGGCUGUCAUGGGCUUGGGAGGAGUGGGGUUGAGUGCUGUUAUGGCUGCGAAGAUUGCUGGCUGCAAGUCAAUCAUUGCCGUUGACCGGGUGGAGUCAAGGAUUGAGGAGGCCAAGUCCCUCUUUGGUGCCACGCACGGCUUGAACACGACUGGUAUAGAAGAUCUCGCAGCAGCCUUGAAGGAGAUCACAGGCGGCAGAGGACCCAACGUUGUGAUAGAGACAACCGGCCACCCCGCCGUCCUCGAACCAGCCUACGCCUCCGUCGCAACAAAAGGUUCCUUUGUCAUCAUCGGCGGCCCACCUCAAGGCUACGAGAUGAAAUUCGACUACGUCCAGCACUUGUUCCGCGGGAUCAAAGUGUUUGGAUGCGUGGAAGGGGAUUCCGUGCCAGAGAAGUUCAUCCCGGAGAUGAUCGCGUAUUAUCGAGAGGGGAAGUUGCCUGUGGACAAGAUGGUCAAGUUCUACAAGGCGGAGGACUUUAAAGAGGCGCUGCAUGAUAUGCACGCCGGCAAAGCGAUCAAGCCAGUGCUUGUAUGGUAG